AUGCAAGAAUCAUUGAUGAUGAUAUUAACACCAAAACGUCGUAUUGAUAUAUUACGUGAUGUGGUUGACGCACAAAAACAAAAACGUCCAUAUGUUAUUACAUUUUGUGGUGUUAACGGUGUUGGAAAAUCAACAAAUCUUGCUAAAGUUGCUUAUUGGUUAGCUGGCAAUGAUUUACGUGUAUUAAUUGCCGGUUGUGAUACAUUUCGUGCCGGUGCUAUUGAGCAGUUGCGCACACACGUGCAUCAUUUAAAUAAUAUAUACAAUACAAAUGACAAUAUAAUGGUUGAAUUGUAUGAACGUGGUUAUGGCAAAGAUGCUGCUGGAAUUGCUAUGGAAGCGAUUAAUUAUGGUAAAGAUAAAAAAUUUGAUAUUGUUUUGGUUGAUACAGCUGGUCGAAUGCAAGACAAUGAACCGCUUAUGACCGCUUUGGCUAAGUUGAUUCAUGUCAAUAAUCCUGAUUUGGUUUUAUUUGUUGGCGAAGCACUUGUUGGUAAUGAAGCGGUUGAUCAAAUAAAAAAGUUUAAUCAAGCAUUGAUUGAUAAUGCCAAAUUACAAGCAAGUCCGAGAAUAAUUGAUGGUAUUGUAUUAACAAAAUUUGAUACCAUUGAUGAUAAGGUCGGUGCUGCAAUAUCAAUGACAUACACGACGGAUAAACCGAUUGUCUUUGUUGGCACAGGUCAGCAAUAUCAAGAUCUGAAAGUAAUCAAUGCUGAGAGUGUUACUGAAUUAUUAUUAAAAUAG